AUGUCUAAUGACGGAGAGGUGCCUCCACCAGUUCCAAGAGAGCAAAUUGCUCAGAUCACACAAGCUUUGGCAAAACUAGUUGCACUCCAGCCACAAAGAGAGCACAAUGGUCCUAGGCAGCAAGGGCAUGGUGAUGAUGAUGAAGAACCUAGAGUUGAAAAAGGUGCUUAUUAUCAGCACCUGCCUAGGCAUCCACAUGGCCAAAGAGACAACAUCAAGAUGAAGAUUCCAACCUUUCGAGGUACCUGCUCACCUGAAGAGUACCUAGAAUGGGUACAAAGAGUUGACAAAAUCUUUGAGUAUCAGGAAUACAGUGAAGCAAAGAAGUGCAAACUUGCUGCCAUUGAGUUUGUUGAUUAUGCAAACUUAUGGUGGGUGAACAUAAAGGCUCAAAGAUGUAGGGAUGGGCUUGAUGAUGAUGUGAUCAAACUUGCCAUUAAGGUUGAAAGGCAAAGAAUGAAAGGUGGAUACAAGGGCACUACUACCAAAACAUUCACAAAACCUUCUAAUACUAGCACCCCACUUACUAGUGAUAAAGGUGGCAUGAAAAAGCAUGACAAAGGGGAGAGCUCUGCCAAAGCACCAGUUGGUGUAAGCAAGGGCAAGGAGAAGGAAGUAGAUCUAGCCCCUCCCAAAAGAAAUAGAGACAUAAAAUGCUUCAAGUGCCUUGGCCAUGGACACAUUGCUUCAGAAUGUUCCAACAAGAGAGUAAUGGUGUUGAGGGAAGCCCAAUGGGAGCUAGAGAGUGAAGAUGAGAGAUGCAAAGAGGAAGAGAAUCAUGAAGCAUAUGGUGAUGAGGAAGUAGAGUAUGCUGAUGUUGGGGAGAUGUUAGUGGUCAGAAGAACCUUAAGUUCUCAUGCAAUAAAAGAGGAAGAGCAAAGAGAGAACAUCUUCCAUACUAGAUGCACAAUUCUCAAUAAGGUAUGUAAUGUCAUUAUUGAUGGCUAUACUAAUGUUGCUUCUACUACCUUAGUUGAGAAACUUAAUCUACCCACCUUAGUGCAUCCUCAUCCUUAUAAAUUGCAAUGGCUGAAUGAUGAUGGUGAUGUUAAGGUGACUAAGCAAAUAGUUGUUCCUUUCUCCAUAGGCAAGUAUAAAGAUGAAGUUGUGUGUGACAUUGUGCCCAUGAAUGCUAGCCAUUUGUUGUUAGGGAGGCUAUGGAAAUUUGAUAGAAGGGCUAUCCAUGAUGGUUUUAAAAAUACUUAUUCUUUUAUGAAGGAUGGGAAAAGAAUUGUAUUAGCCCCUCUUAGUCCCCAACAAAUUUAUCAAGAACAGCUGAUUAGUAACAAACAAAAGAAAGAGAGUUUAUUCCUCAACAAGGUUCCUCCCAUAGUGGCUGAACUAUUGGAAGAAUUUGAAGAUGUUUUUCCUGAAGAAUUGCCAGAGGAACUACCUCCCCUUCGUGGCAUUGAACAUCAGACUGAUUUAAUUCCUGGAGCGGCAUUACCAAAUAGACCAGCCUACAGAAGCAAUCCCGAAAAGGCUAAGGAGUUGCAUAAGCAAGUUAUGGAGCUAUUGAAAAAGGGUUAUGUUCGUGAGUCCAUAAGCCCAUGCUCUAUUCUAGCUUUGUUGGUGUCUAAAAAGGAUAGUUCCAUGCACAUGUGUGUUGAUAGUAUGGCCAUCAGUAAAAUCACUGUAAAGUAUCGCUAUCCCAUCCUUAGACUUGAUGAUAUGCUUGAUGAGUUACAUGGUGCUGUUAUCUUUUCAAAAGUUGAUCUGAAAAGUGGUUACCAUCAAAUUCGAAUAAAGGAGUGGGAUGAAUGGAAAAUAGCCUUUAAAAUAAAGUUUGGGUUGUAUGAGUGGAUGGUCAUGCCUUUUGGCCUUUCUAAUGUCCCUAGCACUUUUAUGAGACUCAUGAACCAUGUACUUCGCCACUUCAUUGGCAAAUUUGUUGUUAUUUAUUUUGAUGAUAUUUUGAUUUAUAGCAGGAGUUUUGAAGAUCAUCUCAAGUAUCUAAGGGCUAUUUUUGAAGUUCUACACUAA